GGAACUUAUCACUCGCCGAACUCAGUGCGUGGUCAGCAUCACUUUCCGUCUCUCUCUCUAGACUUUUGCUCGAGUCACCACCACCAUGGCCACAACUCUGAUAAAACUGCUUAACGAAGAGAGAGAAAGGGAGAGAAAUGCCUCUUAACGAAAAGAAAGAAGGGAAGAUUUUAUCCGGUUAAGUGCUAACCAUAUUUAACGAACCGUUCCGUCCGGUUCCGGUAAAAGCGCGCGCAACCAUAUCUUUCUCUAUCUUUUGAUUGAAAUCGUUCGAGUUUCGAUGGCUGAGUUGACUCAGGCCGAGGUGUACUCGCCUCGGUCGAUGCAAGUAUGGAGGGCGUUGUUGAACUGGCUGGCCUUUUUCUUUCAGAUCUUCGCUCAGAUCAUCAGAGCCGUCGGUCAAUAUCCUUUGCUUUCUUCUUCUUCUUCUUCUUCAUCUUCGUCGUCGACGACUUCGUCUUCCCCGCACCGUUUCAAGCCCUUGCCUGUCGUUGACUCGACCGAGAUAGAGUCUCCCGCUACGGUCGAGAUCGCUGCCGUUUUGGACUCAUCUGUUUUCGCUGAUGAAGACAGCGUCGAAAAACUCACGGUAGUUCUUGACUUGGAUGAAACCCUAGUAUGCGCUUAUGAGACAUCUAGUCUGCCACCUGCUCUUCGCAACCAGGCAACAGAUGCUGGAUUGAAGUGGUUUGAGCUGGAAUGCGUAUCUUCGGACAAGGAAUUUGAAGGAAAGCCUAAGAUCAAUUAUGUUACGGUGUUUGAGCGCCCAGGGUUGCAAGAAUUUUUAAAUCAACUAAGUGAAUUUGCUGAGCUUGUACUAUUUACUGCUGGCCUUGAAGGCUAUGCUAGACCACUUGUUGACAGAAUUGAUGCAGAAAAUCGAUUUAGUCUUCGACUUUAUAGGCCUUCUACAAUUAGUACGGAGUAUCGGGAGCACGUGAAAGAUCUCUCCUGCCUAUCAAAGGAUUUAUGCCGAACUGUUAUUGUUGACAACAAUCCUUUCAGUUUCUUGUUGCAACCACUGAAUGGGAUUCCAUGCAUUCCAUUUUCUGCAGGGCAGCCACAUGAUACACAGCUUCUGGAUGUCCUUCUUCCACUUCUCAAGCACCUUUCUCAGCAGAAGGACGUGAGAUCUGUUCUCUAUGAAAGGUUCCGCAUGCCUGAAUGGUUUCAAAAACAGGGUAUCCCUGCCUCUGGUUGGUCAGUGUAGGAAGAAGACCAUAGACAAGGCCUUUGGUUCUUCCAUGUACUUUUCCUGCCAAGCUCUAUUUUCCAAAAGGCUUAUUAUAGGAUUAAUGACCUUUUAUAUAGCACUUGACUUCUGGAGGAGUCAAUGAUAGCCAUUAGAGACUUGCGGAAGGAUUUAUGUGAUGCCAUCUCUCAUUCGAUUAGGUAAACCAUUAAUGUAUUUAGAUCCACUGAAAAUUCUUGAUUCUUAGUGUAACUUUGUUUAUAAGCUUGCAAUUCUGUUGGAUGUUUAUGUAUCUUUCAGAAUUUUGUAAAUUUCUUCUCAAUCAAUGAUUAUUUUGUAGUUUACACAUC